AUGAUUAUCCAACACGCUUCUUCAAUCUCUCACUUCUCUUCACUCUCCCCUUCUCUCUGUCCCUGUAACGCCGCAUUCCCCUUCUCCAGAAGAACCAGAAAGCGCUUAUUCGCCAAUUACGGUUCCCGCAAAUUCCGCAGAAAACGCACCCUUCGCUUCUGCGCUCUCCCCUCCUCCGACGCUUCCAAUCCCAACUGGAAUUCCGAAUUCGCUAACUCCGCGCGGAGAACCGCCACCACCAUCGUUCUCAAACGAAUUUCCAAUAAACUACACGCUGAUAAUAAUGACAACAACAACGAUGUUGGUGAUGCUGAGUUUCACGAUUCAACUUCACCGUCGUCGUCGUCGUCGUUGUCUCCGCCGCCGUCGGUCCAAUUAGGUUCAAACUUCACCGGUUUCCGCGAGGAUCCUAUUGUGGAUAAGCUGAGGACGCAGCUAGGGGUGAUUCACCCGAUUCCAUCCCCUCCGAUUAACCGCAACGUCGUUGGCUUAUUCGUCGUCUUCUUCUUCGUCGGCGUCGUGUUCGAUAAGCUGUGGACUUCGCGGAGGCGGAGCAAGAACGGCGGUGAGGACGGGUUUCGCGGCGUGUGGCCGCAGGUGCCGACGAGCUUCUCGCUGUUUCUGGAGAAGGAUUUGCAGAGGAAGGAGUCGGUGGAGUGGGUGAACAUGGUGUUGGGAAAGUUGUGGAAGGUGUAUAGAGGUGGAAUUGAGAACUGGAUUAUAGGGUUGCUUCAACCUGUGAUUGAUAACUUGAAGAAGCCUGAUUACGUUCAGAGGGUUGAGAUUAAGCAGUUCUCGUUAGGAGAUGAACCCUUGUCUGUUAGGAAUGUUGAGCGCAGGACUUCCCGCAGGGUCAACGAUUUGCAGUAA